UCAGGAUCAGUCACCUCAGGCAGCCAUGCUGUUUACACUAUGGAGAACAUUCUCUCAUCUCUCAAUAGCCUCGCUGAGACAUGGCUGGUCUUUGGCUCAGUUUCCUGUCAUGUCGACCUCCACUACACCUUACUGAGUGGGCUGGGGCUGCUGCUUGUGUACGUCUGCUACCUGGUAUUGAAACUGGCUGUACCUUCACUGUGGAAAAAGAAAUGCACCCAAAAGCUGCAGGAGAAAGCCGAGGGAGCCAGGGAGUCACAGAAAGGUGAGGGAACUUUCCAGAGAGCAGAGGAGAGAAGGAAGAUGCAGACAGCCCAGCAAAGCCCCUUGGAAGAGCCGUAUGGUGCCACUUGCAGGGACCGACUGCUGCAUCCAGACCCCCUCUUCGACGUGUGCCACGGAACAGGUUGCGAGGUCAGCCAUCUGCCCCCCCAGGCCGCCCUCGAAGAUGGUGGCGCCUCUCAUUCCCGCCCGGCUUCCACAGCUCCCGCGGCAGGGGCCUGCGACACGGCAAACCACCGGGGAUGCCCGGUCACUCCGCAGGGGCCUUUGCCACUGGCCCCUUCCGUCCUCCGUCCUAAGCACUUUGCCCUGUUGGAAAGGUGGCUUUCCUCCUCACCACCGGGGUCGACUCCCACCUCGGGGCCUAGAUUUCUACGGGACCCCAUGCUGCCCCAUGCACUUGUCUCGGUCACUCUUCCAACAGAGGGGGCACGAGGGGCAGAAGUGGCCCUCCCAGGGGAAACUGCUAGGCCUCCAGCCAGCAGACCCAGUGAGGUACUUGCUAACGACCCAAGGACCAAAGGCGCUGGCCAAGCCAGCCGGCCAGUGACAGACCCCUCCCAGCAGCGGCCUGCUGCUGGCCGCCUGUCUCCUUCAGAUUUGGGGUACCCAGUCAACCAGCACCUCCCAGACUCCCCGGCUUCUCAAGCCUCGUUGCAGGGGGACCUUCCAGAGCCUGGCCACCUCUUGCCUCCCAACCCUGAGGCCCUGGCACGACUCAGAGGGCGGGACAAGAAGGAGGGCGAUUUCCUCACGACAAAGGAUAAGGACGAGAACAAAGAACCCUUUUCAAAGCCGUCCUAUUUGGAGAGGCUGUCAUGGGCAAAAUCACGGGCUAAGGCACAGGAGCCGGCAGCCUCUCCUUCGGCAGGCAGCAAAGGGCCAGCAGCCUCUCCUUCGGCAGGUGGCAAAGGGCCAGCAGCCUCUCCUUCGGCAGGCGGCAAAGGGCCAGCAGCCUCUCCUUCGGCAGGCGGCAAAGGCGAGCCCGUGCGCCUGCAGGCCCCUCACUCGGAAGAUGAGGCAGAGCCUAAACCCGCCCAGCUCUUCUGGGGCCCCCCCUCUCUGCACAGUGAGGCCUUGCCCCCGCCGGCCAUGGCCUCAUGCACCCAUCCCUCCACGUUCAACAGUAUGGCUGAAGCCUCCCUGGCUGACAGCUCCCCGCCCGUUACUCUCUCCUCCGCACCUCUGCCUGUGACUAAGAGUCAGUCACAGACCUGGCUGCAGACCCUCUCCCAGCAGCCUCAUUCUCGACUGUGUGACCCUCCUGCCACCGGGGCUCCCACCCACCCUCAGGGCCACUCCCCGGUCCCUGUCUUGACCCUUUCUCCUCAGUCCCAGAUCAGGAUCUGCGGGGUGCGUUUUCACAGACCCCAGGGUGAAGCACGACCUCUUGGCCCACUUGAAACGCAGCACCUGGAAUACAACGUCUUGAAAAAAGAGCAGGAGAGAGUCUGGGGCUUGCCCUCUUCGGUGCAAAAAUCUCGGGACACGUUCUGUCCCUCACCUCCCAAGCUCUCCCUGGUGAGCCAGCCCUUCAAGUCCCACAUGCCCAGGCCCAUCCUUCUUGGAGACUUCCCCCUCACCGAUGAGCUUCGUAAGAAGCUGGAGCACCACCUCCGGAAGAGACUCAUCCAGCACCGCUGGGGGCUGCCCCACAGGAUCAACGAGUCCCUGUCGCUCAUGUGUCCUCAGUCAGAGCUGGUGGAUUUCCCUGAGUCGGGGAGAAGCUGUGGCCUCUCAUGGCUCUCUCUCUCUAAGGAUCAGGAGAGCCAGGACUCACAUGCCAUCGUACUCAACGGGUCUGGAAAGUUUCACAGUGGGGCCUUGGAGAAUCAUGCCAGAGAGGAGGCUGAGGUCAAAGGGCAGACAGCGGACAGUCAAGAUGUUGGCCAAAAAGGCCAUGUGCAGGGUAACCCUGAGGAGGCCCCGGGGAGCAGUCCGCAAUCCGACUUGAAAACAGACCACGAGCCUUGUGCAACCAGUCAGUCGAGCCUCUCAAAAGGGAGCCAGUGUCAGAAAGACUUUGCAGUUGCACUGGAACAACACCUCGACAAGAAAACGAGAGAAAUCCUCGAGGGUCAGAUGCCUAGCACUGUGAAAAGAUCAUGGCGUUCUGUCAAAGUGGCAGGACCCCCUCCUGAGACACCCCCCAGACUACUGAAAGAUCUGGCACCCUUGGCACGUGAGGAGGACCCACUGAAAAAACACCAACAUAGUUUGUUGAUUAGUCCUAGCAAAGAAAAGAUGUUGGAAGAGCACAUUAAAACCUUUGGCAAGAGGAUGACCUUUGGUCUUCCCCAAAGAGUUGAGGAAUCCUUAGAGUCCUACAAGACAAGAGUGGAACCACCCCGCUCUCUCUCUCAGUUCCACGCUCCCUCCCACGCAGAUCCUGCGGUGGAUUCUGUCCAGUCCUCCAGGUUCCUGGAAAGCAGCAGCACUGGUAGAGACGGGAUGCAGACAUUGAAUUUCACGCCCAUCCAAGAAGUGUCUCUCCCUGCUUCCUGGCCUGUGAGCCAGGUGCAGCCGGCCUCUGAGAACAAGGAGGUGUUCACAGACAAAGGCACAGCUCAAAGUGGCAGGCAGAGCCCAGAGCUGCCCAUGAGACCAGAAGAUCCCACAGAAGAGAGACUGGCUUCCAGCACCAAUGCACAGGGGCCUCAGGGGGAAAGGCUAAGCUGGAGAGCCGGUCCCAUGGCUGAGGGGUCCACGGAGCCACUCAAGGGAGAGCCCACUAAGGUCUUGACAUCCACCCAGGGCCCAUGUUCCCCAGGGAGAGAUUCGACUACAUGUCAACCCCUGCAGGGAAUGUCAGCCCCCUACAACCCUGGGACAUCUGACUACAAAGCUCAGGUGUCCAGAGGAGUCGUGUUGCACUCAGAGAGCAGACCACCCUCAGCCUCAGGAGAAAUGACUUCCAAGUGCCAGGGCCCCUCCAGUGGGGACAUGGUGGCUUCUCAGGUGCUUCGGGUGCACUUGCCCACUGCGGGAGUCAGCAUGGAGCCAGGGCGGGGCCCCUGGUUCCCUGCACAUGAGUCAGACAAGUGCCAGAACCAGGAGUGUCCCCCAGCUGCCAAGAGAGAGUCCCCACUGGCAGCUGAGGCAGGAAAACUUGGUGGAGGGGAUGCAGGCUUAGGGACAUCCCAAACCAGAGGGAAGAGGCGCUCUGUUCAGGCCAGGGCACCAGAGGAAACGCAUGGACACACAGCCUCCCCGGCACUGUCACCUAAGGGGCAGCCUCCGGAAAAUCAUUUCACCAGCCAGGUGAAAUGCUUCUUGCAGUGGAUGUCCCCUGGACAAAAACACAAAGGGCAGGAGAGGUCCCUGGCCAAGGGCAGCUCCCCAUCACCACCUGUGAAGGUCUCAAGCCUCAUCAAAGGCAGAUGCGAUUUUUAUAGGAGCAUUGAAGCUCAGAAAUGUGUGAGAGACCCCGGGGUGAUCCUCAGGAAACCACUGGGACACAGGCAUGGGACAGUCAUCCCCUGUCCGCAGGCACCUGCGCCUCCCCCCGUGGGGUCUGGAGAAACUCAGCAGAAGGAACAGAGGCGUGGCUCCUGCUGCCAAGCUGCCUGCUCCCAAGUGCAAAAGGCUGAGUCCUGCAGCCCAGGAGAAGGGCAGACAGCCCCUAAGAGGUGUGGCGUUGCAGGAAAAGCUGAGAUGGUCAUCUCCCCCAUGCGUGCUUCACAGGGAAUCCGAGUCCCGCCCAAGUCCUGUCUGUAGGCGUCAAGCUGGCCAGGGUGUCACCGCUGCCCUUCUCCUCUGUGUUGAAGGCAAUAUUGGGAGGUCCGUUACCAUCACCCAUGCAAAUGGAUCAUCUAGAUUUCCUGCAGAAUAUGUUUUCUACCCAACAAUAGGUUUUCCUUUGCUGUCAGUGUUGAUUUACCCAAUAAAUUUACUUAAAGUGUG